AGAACACUGGCGUUAGAACACUACUCACCCAACCAGCUGCUGAUCCUGGACGGCGAUCAGCUGCGCUUGGAUCCGGUGCACGUGAUGGAGAUAGUUCAGAGGUUCCUGAAGGCGAAGCCCUACUAUCCAUACGACAAGAACCUCAAGUACGACCCGAAUAAGGGCUUCUACUGUCAGGUGAUUAACGACGACCACACCAAGUGCCUCGGCCGCAGCAAGGGUCGGCUGUAUGCAGCGAUGGAGCCCAACGCAGAGAAGGCGCUGUCUGCGUUCUACCGCGCCGACAACGUGGCUCUUGCUUCGCGACUACUCGCCGGCUCGGCCACGCCCGCAUGCUGUGGCCGAUGAGGAAUAAAGAAGCCAGCUGAGGAGGGAGGCAGGGGGAGGGCUGCACGGUUCCCAGAUGAUGACUCCUGCAUCCAAUGGAUGCGUUAUAUACCGCACCCUAGGGUGCACGAACGGUUGUGACGUCAGCGCCAUCUAGCGGAGAUCUCCGCAAGCCGCCGUCGGUGACGUAGGAAGCCCAGCAUCCGCAGCCUCACGAUGAACAUCCGGUCGGUCGUCAUGGCAACGAUCUCACGUUGUAGCAGCGCGACGAUGGCCAGCAGGGGGCGCCGUGCCGACACGAGGCCAGCAGGGGGCGCCGUGCCGA